CCAUGCACGGGCUUCCGUACACAGAGAGUGUGUGUCUGUGACAUGUGCUUAGACCUGCAGCCAAAACCGGAAUUGUUUGUGUGUACCGGUAACCCAGCAUAUGUCUGUCCCUGGAAUGGACAGGGAUUGAAAAUAGGAGUACACCACAGGCUGAUAAGGGAGAAUACAGCACUCGAAUGACCCCCUGAUAGUGUGUAAUAUAUCCAAUACUUUAACACGCUUGGUAUUUGUAGUCAUCAUGUCUUUGGUCCAGUGUGGCCUUCGCCGUUUUGGAAUGCUUAGUUAUAGCUACAGUGCAAAUAGAAGAUUCAGCCUCUUCUCCAGCUCCACGUCUGCCACGCAAUGGAGCAAAGUUGUCUCAGACGCAGAGAAAAUUGUGGGUUAUCCGACUUCCUUCAUGAGCCUCCGUUGUUUGCUGAGUGACGAGCUGAGCAACAUAGCCAUGCAAGUCAGGAAGCUGGUUGGGACCAAACAUCCUUUAUUAAACACAGCCAGGGCGUUUGUGUAUGACAGUCGGAACAAUUUACAGAUGAGAGGCCUGGUAGUAUUAUUGAUUUCUAAAGCAGCUGGGCCAAGCAAAUCAUCAGAGGACUCUUUACAGCACGACAUGGUCAGCGGAAUUUAUGCCAGCCAGCGGAACCUGGCUGAAAUUACAGAGCUUAUCCACACUGCCUUCUUGGUACAUCGUGGGAUUGUAAAUAUUGAGGAGCUGAAGACAUGUGACGGACCUAUUAAAGACAUGCAGUUUGGGAAUAAAAUGGCCAUUCUGAGUGGAGAUUUCCUUUUGGCAAAUGCCUGUACAGGAUUAGCAGAUCUGAAGAACACAAAGGUUGUGGAACUUGUGUCUAGUGCCAUUGGUGAUUUGGUACAAGGGAUAUACUAUGAAAAUUCUUUCUUUCCCGAGAAAAACACCUUUACCGAUGACAUCGGCAUAGCCAAUUGGAUGGAGCACAUUUUCCUGUCUCAUGGUUCAUUGCUGGCCAAAAGCUGUCAGGCUGCAAUGGAAUUGGCAAAACAUGAUUCUGAGGUGCAGUCUAUGGCUUUUCAAUAUGGGAAGCACAUGUCUCUGAGUUACAAGCUUAAUGCAGAUCUCCAGCCGUUUAUAAAUGGUAAAUACAGUGGCUCAUCUUUUAGUCUCAACUCUGCACCUGUGGUUCUUCAUCAAGAUUCUAUAGGGAGAGAGGCUUGGAUGCAACAGAUCAAAGAGGCUCAACUAAAAGGAAACCUGAUAGACCUUGCAAAGUUGCAAGAGGCAAUCAAGGCUGGCAAAGGUGUUAGUUCUGCGAUUGACCUGUGCCGUAACCAUGGAGACAAAGCACUGGAUACCCUACAGUGCUUCCCUCCCUCCGAGGCUAGAAGCGCCUUAGAAAACAUUGUUUACGCUGUGACCAGACUUUCAUGACACCAAGUGGGAUCACAGAAUGCUGAUUUAAUUUUGUGCAAAUCAUCAGGACGUAGAGAGGGCUGCAAUGCUUUUAGGCUGUUGUCAGUGGCCCUGCCUGCCUGCCUGUUUUCAUUGUUCUUUAAUUCACUGCAUCACACAAUGGAUGGAUGUGCAACUUUUCCUUUUUAAUUGCAGGUGCUAAAUAUAGAAAAAGACGAUGGGGGGGAUAAGGUCAAACCGUUUUCUCUUGUCAUGCCAAGAAGCACACUUGAGGCUGAACCAGUAGAAAUAAUUAAUGAGGUUUGCUUCUGUGACCUCAGCAAAUGGCCAGGAAAUAAGUCCUUAUUGAUUGGACACAGUCAGGAUUGGCGCCAGUGUGGUGGCCUGUGGUUUUCCUGCUCCUGUGAGGGCACAAGGGGUGUGAUGCUGCAGGUGUCAAUAGGAAAUCUCCUCUGUAAACCCAGACACACAGAUACAGCUAUAUAAAUAUAUUUCUGAGCGCCGUGCACACACAUCAAGGACACUCGCAGCUGCUAUUAAACGUGGGAGCUGCUAAAAAUAUGCUCUUUUGUUUUUAUACGUUGUAAAGAUGAAAUAAUUAUGUCUUUAAAAUACUUCUGCUCGUCGUUAUGUCACUAGAAUGUUUGCUCAUCACUGUGUACAUUGUACGUUUGCAGAAUUGUGGUUAGCAGGACUCUGUUAUAAAUGCAGUAAUUAUUGCUGAUGUGUGAGCUCUGAUUUACAUACAGGGAAAUUGACAUCUCGUAUUAUUAAAGGUAAAUGAAUCUUAA